AUGAGGCUUAAUCCAGCUAAGGUUGCGCCAGAGGCGGCGCCCGGGCGGGAGGCGGGGCAGGAACCGGGGUCAGAAGCGCAGGGGCCGGAGGCGGGGCCGGGACCGGACUCGGAGAGCCGGCCGCAGCCGGCGGCAGGGCCCGGCUCGGAGCUUUUCCCGGCCGCAGAGCCCGAGCCGGAGCCGCUCUCGGCGUCGGGUCCGGGACAGGAGCCCGAGCUGGGCUGGGCUGCGGGGCAGCGCGCAGGGGCCCCGCCGGAGUCGCAGCCUCUGCCGGCGUCGGAGUCUGAGAACGGAGUGUCCGAGAGGCCCCGCUGCCACACCGACUGCCUGGAGGCGCCGCUCUCCCGGGCCUUCCGGCGGCUGGGAUGGGAGGUGGGCUCGCACCCCUGGAUCUUCCUGCUGCUGCCCAUGGUUUUAACGGCCGUCCUCGGCACUGGCCUGAUUCACCUGCCCAAGGAAGAAGAAGAAGACCUCGAGGAGCAGUACACCCCGAUAGGGAGCCCCGCCAAGGCUGAGCGACGCUUCGUGCAGGGACAUUUCACUGCCAACGACUCUAAUCUCUUCUCCAUCUCCAGGAAGAGCACCGAGGUCAAUUAUGCUUCCAUUCUAGUGGUCUCCAACACCAACUCGCUGCUGGAACAAGAAACCUUAUCAGAAAUUAGUGAAGUGGACGACGCGGUCCAGGCUUUGUCUGUGACACAGGGAAACGGAACCCAGAUCCUCUACAAUGAGGUGUGCUCGAAGAACCAGGGCUACUGUGUCCCCUCCAACCCACUCUUGUUCGCCUGGAAAACGAACAAUGUCCUCAACCUGAAAAACAUCACCUUCCCCAUCUACAGCCUAGCCGGCCAGGUCGUGUACCUGGCCAACAUCCUUGGAGGAACUGUGUUAGGCGAGAGCAUGGGACUGAGCCAGUUACUCCUGGAGGCCAAAGCCAUGCGGCUGCAGUACUACCUGAAGACCGGCGAAGGCGAGGACAGCGAACGUAGCAAGGCGUGGCUGAUCCACUUCCUGAACCAAGUUGGCAACCUUGAAAAGAGUCUGGCCUUGAAGAAGAUCCAGGUGGUCUACUUUACAUCACUUUCUAGACAACUGGAAUUUGAGGCAACUUCUAUGACAGUGAUCCCCUUGUUUCACUUGGCAUACCUUCUAAUCAUAUUAUUUGCAAUCACAUCAUGCUACAGGUGUGACUGUAUACGAAACAAAAUGUGGGUUGCAGCCUUUGGAGUGAUUUCUGCUGCCUUGGCAGUGGUGAGCAGCUUUGGCCUGAUGUUGUACAUUGGGGUGCCAUUUGUGAUCAUAGUUGCAAAUUCACCAUUUCUUAUUCUAGGCGUUGGGGUCGAUGACAUGUUUAUCAUGAUUUCUGCCUGGCAGAAGACCAACCUCAUGGAUAGCAUAAAAGAGCGGAUGUCCAAUGUCUAUUCAAAAGUGGCAGUAUCCAUUACAAUCACCACCAUCACCAACAUCCUGGCCUUCUAUACAGGAAUUAUGACCUCUUUCAGGUCCGUACAAUACUUCUGCAUCUAUACAGGAACAACCCUGCUCUUUUGUUAUUUUUAUAACAUCACCUGUUUUGGAGCAUUUAUGGCCCUGGAUGGUAAAAGAGAAGUAGUCUGUCUACGCUGGUUGAAGAAACCAGAAACUCCUGACCAAAAAUGUUCCUCAUUAAAAAAGCCCUGCUGCCUCCCAUGUAAUUCUCUCCGAGACAAACAUAAAGCUGAUAUCCACCCAAUGAAUUUGUUCUUUAGAGACUAUUUUGGUCCUUUUCUCACAAGCACUGAGUCCAAGUUUUUUGUAGUGCUUAUAUACAUUUUGUACAUCAUAAGUAGUAUAUAUGGGUGUUUCCAAGUGCAGGAAGGUUUAGACCUCCGAAAUUUGGCAAGUGACGACUCCUACAUCACACCGUAUUUUAAUGUAGAAGAAGAACAUUUUUCAAGUUAUGGUCCCAGGGUUAUGGUUAUUGUUACUGAAGCUCUUGACUAUUGGGAUGGAGAUGCUAGGCAAAAGUUGGAAAAAUGUCUUGUAGAUUUUGAAAACAGUGACUAUGUAGAUAAAAAUCUCACAGAGUUUUGGUUACGAGAAUAUGUGAAAUAUAUGGAAAACCACCAUCACGAUGUAAAUGAUAAGAUAACUUUUCUAAAAAAUAUUCCCAAUUUUGUAAUAGAUUCUCCGCUUUUUAUGUAUGAUAUUAACAUUACAUCAUCACAGGAAAUCAUUUGUUCCCGGGCCUUCAUUCAGACCAUGGGUGUUUCUUCUUCAACCAAUAAGAAGCUGAUGUUACUCCAGUUCCGAGACAUGGCCGAAAAGUGUGAAAUUCCCCUAAUGGUGUAUAACCAGGCGUUCAUAUAUUUUGAUCAGUAUUCUGCAAUAUUAGAAAACACUGUUCGAAAUGUAAUUGUCGCCUCAACAGCUAUGUUCAUUGUUUCCUUACUGUUAAUCCCUCACCCGCUGUGUUCUUUGUGGGUAACUUUUGCUAUCGCUUCUGUGAUUGUGGGAGUAACGGGUUUCAUGGCAUUCUGGAACGUCAAUCUUGAUUCCAUAUCCAUGAUUAAUCUUGUCAUUUGUAUAGGGUUUUCUUUUGAUUUUUCUGCGCACAUUUCCUAUGCAUUUGUUUCCAGUUCAAAGCCCUCAGUAAACCAAAAAACCAUCGAGGCAUUGUAUCUGCUAGGCUACCCUGUGUUGCAAAGUGCAAUUUCAACAAUAAUAGGGGUGUGUGUCUUAUCUGCAGCUAAAGCAUACAUCUUCAGGACAUUUUUUAAGAUUAUGUUUCUUGUUAUGGUAUUUGGAGUUGCUCAUGGCCUAAUUUUUAUUCCGGUAUUCUUAACCUUUUUCUGAAAGUUUGUUUGACUAGCCACUAACCAAUCAAAGACCAAUUAUAGAAUUCCUGAUUGCCCCAAUCCAAUCUGAUAAAAAUGUGCUAUUAAGAAUAGUCAAUAAACUAAAAACAAAGGCAUGUUUCCUUGGUGUGGAAAUCCCAUUUAAAAAUGUUAUUUAAAAUAUCCUGAGAAAAAUUAAUUAGUCUUACAUUAAAAUAUCUUUACUAAAUUAGGAAGUGUUGUCAUCUUUAUUAUGGUCUAUACAAUCAAGCAUAAGUAUAACUUUCCAGUUAUUUUUUCCUUUUAUUUCAUCAUUAGUAGUUUAUGCCUGGAAUUCAGAUAUUUUAUGUAUUAUGCUAUAAAUGGAAUAUUAUUUUCAUUGUACUUCCCAUAUGCAUUAUUAUGUGAAAGUGCAACUGAUUAUUAUUUAUUCUCGUAGUCUGGGGUUUUUCUAUCCAUGUUCUUAGUGGUGUAUUUUGAUGAAGUGAAGUUUUUAAGUUUUGAAAUCCAAUUUAUCAUUUUUUUAAUGGUUAGUGUUUUCUGUGUGCUCUGUAAGAAAUUUUUGCCUAAUCCAAGAUUACAAAAAAUUCAUCUAUGUUUUCUUUUCAAAGCUAGUAGUUUUAUUUUUACAUUUAGGUCUAUGAUUCAUAGACCCGUGUUUGUUGGGAAGUAUGGAUAGAGGUUCAUUGUCUUCCCAUUAUAGUUAUCCAGUUGUCCCAGCAGCAUUAGUGAAAAGACUGUGCUUUCACUAUAGGGAUUAAUUUGGCACCUCUGUCAAAGAAUCAAUUGACAAUUUAUGUGUGGCUCUAUUUUUGUGCGUUGAUCUGUUUUUCUAUCAUACCACACUGCAUUGAUUACUGAAGCUUUCUAUUAAUUAUUGAAAUUAGGUUAGGUAAGGUAUCCAACAUUUUUCCUCUUUUCCAAAUUGUUUUGGCUAUUCUAGGUUCUUUGCAUUUAGAUACUAAUUUUAGAAUCAUUUGUCAAUUUAUCAAAAAAAAAAUCUGGGAUUUUUGAUUGGGAUCAUGAUUGGGUUAUGGUGAAUCUACAGAUCAAUUUGGGGAAAAUAGAUAUCUUAGCAGUAUGGAAUCUUCCAAUCUGUGAACAUGGUUUAUCUCUCCAUUUAUUUAUAUCUUCUUUAAUUUCUCUCAGGCAUGUCUUAUAGAUUUACAUGGAUUUACUUCUAAGUACAUUAAUUUAUUAUAUCAUUGUAAAUAUUUUAAAUCCCCUUUCCAUUUUUUUUUUACUGGUACAUAAAAAUACAAUUGGUUUUGGUAUACCUACCUUAUACUGUGUAAUCUUUUUAGGUUCAUUUAUUAGUUCAUGUUGAGUUUUUUAGUUUCUCUAAUAGUUUUUAUCUAUGCAAUUAUGUAAAGGUCACAUAAAGACAAUCCUAUUUCUCCCUACAUAAACUUUAUCUUGUACUUAUCUUAUUGCACUGGCUUAAAAUGUCCAGUAAAAUGUGGGAAAAUGUACUGAAAGCAGACAUCAUUGCCUUGUUCCCAACUUUGUAAGGAACGUGGUCAAUAUCUCAGGAAGUAUGAUGAUUACCUGGAAGUUUUUCAUAGCCAUCUUCUGUCAGAUUGUGGAAGCUCUUUUCUACAUUUAGUUUUCUGGGAUGUUUUAACAUGAAUGGGUAUUAAAUUUUGUCAAAUAAUUUCUGUCCAUUGACUGAGAUUAUCAUGUCUAUUUUUUUAUCUUAAUUUGUGAAUGUGACAAUUUAUAUUGAACGAUUUUUUAAUAUUAUACCAACCUUGCAUUCCUAGGAUGACUCACAUUUAGUCAUGGCAUAUUAUUUUCAUAUAUUGCUGUCUUUGUUUUGUUAAUAUUUUGUCAAUGAUAAAUGUUCCUAUGUUUAUGAGGCGUAUUGGUCUACAAUUCCCUUUUUUGUAAUGCCUUUCUCAGGUCUUUAUAUCAGGGUUAUGCUGCCCUCAGGAAACAAGCUAGUAAAUAUAUAUUCCUCCCCUUCUAUUUUCUGAAAUAUAUGAUGUAUGGUUGAUAUAAUUCUUUCAUUUCUUACUUAAAUGUUCAGUAGAAUUCACCAGUGAAGUCUUCUGGGCAUGGAGUUUUUCUGGGAAGGAUUUUUAUUUCAGAUUCACUUUCUUUAACAAAUAGAAGGCCAUUCAGAUGUUCUUUUUCUUCUUGGGUCAAUUUUGGUAUGUUUGGUUUUAUAAGGAAUUUGCCCAUUUUGCUAAUUGGCUAAUUGAUUAUUUUCUUACCAUUUUAAUGUCUAGUGAUGUCCCCUGUGCAUUUCUUGAUAUUGGUAAUUUGUAUUAUGUACCUUUUAUUUCUUGAUCAAGGGAUUAUCAAUUUUAUUAAAU